AUGGAAGAAGGAAGUGGAAUUCAUAGCAGUAGCAGUGAUGGCACGGGGCCUCAUCAUAGAGUGCUUCUCAUCUCUGCUGGAGCUGGUCACUCUGUUGCUCUCCUCUCAUUUCUGGGGACAAGUCAGACUGCAAUGUGGACACUAUCUCUAACUAACAUGAAUGUUGAGAGUAACCUGUUCCUGAGCGACUACGAGAUAUCAGGCGGUUGGAGACACACAAUGGCAUUGACAACUGAAGGAAAGCUUUAUGGUUGGGGCUGGAAUAAGUUUGGUCAAGUUGGCGUUGGAGACAACUCGGAUCAUUGCUCACCAAAACCAGUCAAAUUUCCACACGAUCAGAAAGUAGUUCAUGUCUCGUGUGGCUGGAGGCAUACACUUGCCGUCACUGACAGACAUAAUAUAUUUUCCUGGGGGAGGGGUACAAAUGGCCAGCUUGGCCAUGGGGAUUCUUUAGAACGAAAUGUCCCAAAGAUUAUAGAGGCAAUAAGUAUGGAUGGAUCAAGUGGACAGCAGAUAGAGGCCUCAAAAAUUGACAUUUCAUCAGGAAAAACUACGGUCUCACCAACUGAGAGAUAUGCGGUUGUUCCUAAUGAGAAUGUUCUAGGACGGACAGUAUUUUUACUUGGCAGAGACGGAAAUGACUCAUAUGUCCCUGAGAACGAUGUGAAAAGGAUGCGAAUAUGA